AUGGAAAUCUCACAAGAAGCCAAAGAAGGUGAAACUGGAGUAUCUCAGCUAGAGCGUGUCAUAACUGAAACGGAUGUGCCUCCAGUCCAGAAUGAGGAUGAACCCCAGACCCCUUACCAGCUGGGAUGGAGAACUAUACUAGCAGUCCUCACUUUAUCAAUGGCCAAUGUUUGUGCGGCACUAUCCAAUACGACAAACACUACUAUCAAAUUCCAAGUAGCCACCGUCGCACGUUCGCCGUCCGAUGCUGCUCUCGCCUCGUGGAUUGCGAAUGGCAACUUCCUUCUCAGUCUUGCCCUGGGUCCGAUAUUUGGCUCUGUUAGCGAUCGCCUGGGCAAGAAAUGGUUCCUCAUAGGAGGUGCCUCGCUUGGAGUCAUUGGAUCCAUGAUCUCUGGCUCCGCCCAUAAGAUUACCGAUAUCAUCGGGGGCAAUAUCCUGACAGGCAUUGCCAAUGCUGGCUGUAUCGUUUCCAUCUCCUGCAUCCAAGAAAUCAUGCCCAACAAGCUUCGUCCAUGGGCAAUGGGAGUCUCCCAAGCCAUGGCCAGCGCCUUUGUCAUUCUCGGAACCUUCGUGGCUGCAGCCUUUGUUCAACAUAAUAUAGGAGGUGCUGGAGGAUGGCGUUGGGCUUACUACUUCAACGGAAUCAUCUAUGGUUUCACCGCGAUCGCAAUAGGACUCACUUAUUUCCCACCCCGGCCAUUACUUGGCCGACACCGUGCGCUAAAGGAAAUCAUGACCACGGUGGACUUUGUCGGUAUCCUCUUGAUGGCGGGAUCGUUUACUUCGCUUAUUAUCGGUCUUACCUGGGGCGGUACCACGUACCCAUGGAACUCGGGGCGGAUCAUUGCUACGCUGACUAUGGGAUGUGUCGGUCUUGUUUUGUUCGGGUUAUACGAAGCUUUCGUUGUGAAAGAGGGUAUUCUCGAUCGUCGGUUGUUUUCCGAGUCGAUGAAUUUCCCCAUUUUGAUCUUCGUGUGCACGAUUGAUGGAAUCCUCCUGCUCGGCGUGAACGUCGCUCUCUCGCAGGAGAUCUUUGAUUUGUUUACACAAGAUGCAGUGAGUAUUGCCGUGAUGCUGACCCCAUACUUGGCAUUGUCGACCUUUGGGUGUAUCCCAGCAGGUUGGAUCAUGGCGUCGACCAAAUCAUACAAAACCCUACUGGUUGCUGCUCUGCUCUGGUGCUCCCUUUUUACAGGCCUAAUGGGUCUUGUCACUCCCGAAAGGAAGAGCUGGGCCUACGCUUUCUCCGCCCUAUUCGGGGCUGGGACGGCCGUCACAACCACCAUUCCAGUCACCGCCCUCGCCCUCUCCAUCCCAUCCUACCUAAUCGGCACAGCUGCUACCGUAUCCAUGUCCUGCCGAGCCUUGGGCGGCAUCGUCGGCAUCACCAUCUUCACAGCUAUCUACAACAACAAGUAUGCCUCGUACGUUGGUCCCGAGAUUGCGAAUAACUCUGAAGCACCCGUUCAGAAGGCAGAGAGUGCGAUGGCUUGGAAGUACAUGUGGAUUACUCUUGCGUGCUUGAUUGCUGCAAAUGGUUUUGCUGCUUGCUUCUUGAAGAGCGUUGAGCGUAUGAUGAAUGGGCAUGUUGAGUCUGCUUUGGAGCAUAAUAAGGUCAGGGAGAAGCAGCUCGAAUAG